UUGUGAUAAAAGAGUAUACAGAAAUUUUAGGGGGACGAACUAAGCUAGGGCUUCUGAAGAACCGAAGCCGAAGGAAGAAGCAGCCACCGAUCUUAACCCGCGCCCUUUCUGUCUCUCCCCCUUGAUCGGAAAUCAUGGCGACUCAGAUGAGCAAGAAGCGAAAGUUCGUGGCUGAUGGAGUAUUCUUCGCGGAGUUGAACGAGGUGCUCACCAGAGAGCUCGCGGAGGAUGGCUACUCCGGCGUCGAGGUUAGGGUCACCCCCAUGAGAACCGAGAUCAUCAUCCGGGCUACUCGGACCCAGAACGUACUCGGUGAGAAGGGGAGAAGGAUUAGGGAAUUGACUUCAGUGGUCCAGAAAAGAUUCCGUUUUCCCGAGAACAGCGUCGAGCUGUAUGCUGAGAAGGUUAACAAUCGGGGACUCUGUGCUAUUGCGCAGGCUGAGUCGCUCCGGUACAAGCUCCUUGGAGGCCUCGCUGUUCGGAGGGCAUGCUAUGGUGUUCUGAGGUUUAUCAUGGAAAGUGGUGCCAAGGGAUGUGAGGUGAUUGUAAGUGGAAAGCUUAGGGCACAACGUGCUAAAUCCAUGAAGUUCAAGGAUGGAUAUAUGAUUUCUUCUGGUCAGCCUGUUAAUGAGUACAUCGACUCAGCAGUGAGACAUGUUCUUCUGAGACAGGGUGUUCUUGGGAUCAAGGUCAAGAUUAUGCUGGACUGGGAUCCAAAGGGCAAGCAGGGCCCUACAACACCUCUGCCAGAUUUGGUCACCAUUCACACUCCAAAGGAUGAGGAUGAGUAUUUGAGGCCACCUGUAAUGAUGGCCACAGAUAUAGAUGUCCCGGUGGCUUAAAUUAGCUGUCCUAUAUAUGGGAGCAUCGGGUUUUAACUGGUCUAUAAAUAGUGUUUUCCUUUUUCCAAGAAGAGUUUGCAUGUACUGUUAAACAGUGAGGUAUAAUUUCUUUCAUAUGUAGCAAAGGUUUUGCUUGUUUGAUCUGAAUUUGAUCAAAGUCUCUUGUUCCACAUUUUUCUAAAUCUUUAGUUCAACUACAAUAGCUUUUGUGGAACAUUUUUCUUAAAGAUUAUCAGAAGAAAUUGAUCAGUGGCAUCUAUUUCCAGUUCAUA